AUGACAACGGACAAAUUGAGCGAGAGGCAGUACGGAUUCAGGCCACUGACUAGUACUACGGCCGCCCUCAAAGCGGCCAUCGACUACAUUACCAAGACCAAAUCUGACGGACUGCUCACCCUCGCCAUCUCCCUGGACAUCAAGGCCGCGUUUGACAACGCCUGGUGGCCAUCCCUCCUCAACCGACUUCGACUCAUAGGCUGUCCUUCCAACAUUUACGGACUGGUACUGGACUACACGACCGACCGUACAGUCACCCUCGAUUACGCUGGUGCCCGCGUGUCUAAACCCAUGACCAAGGGCUGCAUCCAGGGCUCGACUUGCGGCCCCAUUCUGUGGAACGUCAUCUUGGACGAACUCCUGGAACUCGAAUUACCCUCCGGGUGUCGAAUACAGGCCUUCGCGGACGACGUUCUACUCAUUGUGGCCGCCAAGGAUCCACUUAGCCUGCAGGACACUACUAACCAGGCACUACACGCUAUCGUGAGCUGGGGACGGGGGGUCAAGCUCACGUUUAGCCCACAGAAGACACAGGCCAUCGCCUUCAGCGAUAAGGCCAAAAAUACAGACAUACGCAUGAACUCUCAUUCACUACACUUCCAGGACGACAUCAAGCUCCUUGGUGUCAUCCUGGAUAACAAAUUACGCUUCAACAAACACGUCACCCACGUCAUCAACAAAGCCACUGCACUCUUCCACAAACUCACACUAUACUGUAAACCCACUUGGGGAGCCCAUCCCGAGAACAUCCGCACAAUUUACCUCCAGGUCAUCCAACCAAUAGUCACUUACGCCGCCGGCAUCUGGGGCCAUGUCGUCGGGAGCCAUGUCGUCGGGAGAAAGUACAUAUCCAGACUGCUCCUGAGCAUGCAGCGGCGCUUCGCCCUCAGAGCCAUUAAAGGCUUCAGAACGGUGUCGACCAAUGCUGCACUCGCUCUGGCGCAAUUCACCCCGAUCGAUAUUAAGAUCCUCGAGGUAAAUCAAAUCGAACUCGCUCGACUCACGGGGAAUUGCGAUUUCCUUCCCGACGACAUCACCCUAGAAAAGCACAUACCCCCCCAUCACCUCCUUCAUCCCGCCCGAAGAAUAACAUUCAACCCUCACUACUUCCACUCUGAGGCUGAACUGUCCUCUCACCUCUCUUCCCUCCCCAAUCCCAUCCCAACCAUCUUCACAGAUGGCAGCAAACUCGAUGACGGCUCGGUCGGUGCCGCCUUCGUAUGUUACAACGGAGCGGGUCCGCCGGCCGUCAAGAAGUUCAUACUUCAUCGAAGUUGUUCAGUCUUUCAGGCUGAACUCUUCGCUAUCCUCCAGGCCUCUCGAUGGGCCUCCAAGCACAGACACACACACACACUCAUCUUGUCGGACUCCAGAGCGGCCAUCCAAGCCUCCCAGAAUCGUAGCAAUACACACCCCUUGGUUGCACACCUUCACGCCACACUACACGAUCACUCACCCACCGGCUGUAUCGACUUUGCUUGGGUCAAAGCCCAUGCAGGUAUAACCGGGAACGAACGUGCAGACACCGAAGCAAAACUCGCCGCUACCAUGCACAGAGCCUUCGACUACGAUCUCUUCCCCAUAAGCUUUGUUAAGCUUAUGGCCAGAGAGCGUAGUCUCACCGAAUGGCGCGAGAGGUACGAGAAGGCACAACAGGGCCAACACACCCGCGACCUCCUCCCUACAAUAGACCACAUACACACACUACUCAAAUCCACACACAUCACAUUCACACUCACUCAGACACUCACCGGACACGCCUUCAAUAAAUCAUAUUUACACAAAUUUAAACUCGCCGAGGACGAGGUCUGUCCCUGCGACGGAGCCACUCCUCAGAACCUGGACCAUCUCCUGAGGAGCUGCCCUGAGUUUUCGGCCUUCAGGCAUAAACAUGAAGAAACCUGCGGAUACCUUGGAGUGGACCCCUACAACUUAGUAGGGCUUCUACCCCACAGAGCCGGUAUCCGCUCCUACUUUCGCUUGUCGGACUCGAUCCUGAGGGUGCUCAAGGAGUAUAAUGCUAGUUCAUAAGUCUCUAAUUACUACUGUUAAAUUUUAUCUAUGUUAUUGUCACUUUUUUUACUUCUUAUUUUACCAUGUACCCUAGGAUAAGUAUAAAAAAAAAAAAAAAAAAAAAAAAAAAAAAAAAA